CCACAAUACACAAUUUCUUUCUCCAUCACUCGGUAGCAAAACAAGAACCAGGAUGUGUUCUCCUCUGUUUGUGGUUUAUUGAGGCAAAAGGAGUUAACGUUGAUGCACAGAACUAAAAUAAAAAAAAGCAGAGUGGGGUUGGAAAAUGUUGAUGGCAUUAUCGCCAUCAUCGUAGCCGCCACUCAUAAACUGCAUCCACCCACCCUUCGCGCGCCGCCAGCACCUCCUCACCCUACGACGGAACCAGAAACUGAAACCCCACCCUCACCUCAAAUCCCUUUUUUUCCGCAUGUUUUGUUUUAUUCUUCUACCCAAUGACCCUCUCUGUUAGAGCCUCCUCAAAACCCUUCUUAACCCUCAAUGAAGCGCGCUUCCUCUUCCCCUUUUCCUUCUUCAGCUUCAGCACGCUUCAGUACAACAACAAGUUUCUGUUUCAUGCCGCGGUCGCCGAACCGAAAUUACUGGUCCGGGUUCUUAACACGGUCCGGAACCGCCCUGUGGUCGCGCUCCGGUUCUUCCGCUGGGCCGAGAGGCAAACCGGUUUCAAGCGAUCCGAAAUUUCCUACUCCGUCAUCCUCGACAUUCUCGCGCGGAACGGCUUGAUGCGCUCCGCCUAUUGCGUCAUGGAGAAGGUCGUCUCUGUUAAAAUGGAGAACGGCGUCAUUGAUGUCGUUUCUUCCUCCGAGGUAUCAAUGCCAUCGGUUAAGCUUAUUCUCGAUUUGUUGCUUUGGAUUUACGUGAAAAAAUCGCUGCUUGAGAAGUGCCUGUUAGUGUUUUAUAAGAUGGUUAGUAAGGGACUGUUGCCUGACGUCAAGAAUUGCAAUAGGGUUCUUAGAUUGCUUAGGGAUAGGGAUAAUAACAUCGACGUUGCGAGGGAGGUUUAUAAUGUGAUGGUGGAGUGUGGAAUUUGCCCUACCGUUGUUACUUAUAACACAAUGUUGGAUUCCUUUUGCAAGAAAGGGAUGGUUCAGGAAGCUCUGCAGCUUUUGUUUCAGAUGCAGGCGAUGGGGUGUUCGCCCAACGAUGUCACGUAUAAUGUUUUGGUGAAUGGUUUGUCUCACAGUGGGGAGAUGGAGCAGGCCAAGGAGCUGAUCCAGGAUAUGUUGAGAUUGGGGCUCGAGGUUUCCGUGUACACGUAUGACCCCUUGAUUCGCGGAUACUGCGAGAAAGGGCAGAUUGAGGAAGCCUCGAGGCUUGGGGAGGAGAUGUUGAGUAGAGGAGCUGUGCCUACUGUGGUGACCUACAAUACGAUUAUGUAUGGCCUUUGCAAGUGGGGGAGAGUGAGUGAUGCUAGGAAGUUGCUUGAUGUUAUGGUGAAUAAGAAUCUGAUGCCGGAUUUGGUUUCGUAUAACACUCUGAUUUAUGGUUACACCAGAUUGGGAAACAUAGGGGAGGCUUUUCUCUUGUUUGCCGAGUUAAGAUACAGAAGUCUUGCUCCCAGUGUUGUGACCUAUAAUACACUUAUCGACGGUCUUUGCAGAUUGGGGGACUUGGAUGUUGCCAUGCGGCUAAAAGAUGAAAUGAUCAAACAUGGGCCUGAUCCUGAUGUAUUUACUUUUACGACUUUUGUUAGAGGAUUUUGCAAGAUGGGGAACUUGCCAAUGGCUAAGGAAUUAUUUGAUGAGAUGCUUAAUAGAGGAUUGCAGCCAGAUCGUUUUGCGUACAUAACCCGAAUAGUAGGUGAGCUGAAGCUUGGCGACCCAUCUAAGGCUUUUGGUAUGCAAGAAGAAAUGCUAGCCAGAGGCUUUCCUCCUGAUUUGAUCACUUAUAAUGUCUUCAUUGAUGGUCUCCACAAGUUGGGCAAUUUGAAAGAAGCAAGUGAACUUGUGAAGAAAAUGCUCUACAAUGGACUUGUUCCAGAUCAUGUAACAUAUACUAGCAUCAUCCAUGCUCACUUGAUGGCUGGGCAUCUUAGGAAGGCUAGAGCAUUGUUCCUUGAGAUGUUGAGCAAAGGGAUAUUUCCUUCAGUUGUCACUUACACUGUUCUUAUUCAUUCAUAUGCAGUUAGGGGAAGGCUGAAACUUGCUAUUUUGCACUUUUUUGAGAUGCAUGAGAAGGGUGUACAUCCAAAUGUGAUCACCUACAAUGCUUUAAUCAAUGGACUUUGCAAGGUGAGAAAGAUGGAUCAGGCAUACAAUUUUUUUGCAGAAAUGCAAGCAAAGGGCAUUUCUCCAAAUAAGUAUACUUACACUAUUUUAAUAAAUGAGAACUGCAACCUGGGCCAUUGGCAGGAAGCUUUGAGGUUGUAUAAGGAUAUGCUAGAUAGAGAAAUUCAGCCUGAUUCAUGCACACAUCGUUCUCUAUUGAAGCAUCUAAACAAAGACUAUAAAUUGCAUGUAGUUCGGCAUCUUGAGAAUGUUAUUGCAGCUGGUGAAUAAAUUUAUGAUGUAAGGAUGAAGAAUGGUUAUUUAUUAUUAUCAUUUUGGCUUUCUCACAUGGCUAAUGAGUAAAAGAAAACCCUAUAUUUGAAUGGGUUUUGCCUUUUGAGGUGUAAAUUCCCCCAGACAGAAUCUUGUAUAUUUUUCUGACUGUCACGGUUGAAGAUGCCUGUGGUGUUCUUGAUGAUUAAGAUGGACAGACUUCAACUAUUAACAAGUUUUCACUCGUUAUAUCCCUAGACUAGUCAGGGGAACCAAUUUGCUUUGUGGCUAUUUAAGCAGUGUGUAACUGCUAAUUUUUCUUCAGCUGUUAUUUGACUUCUGACAUAGAUACUGGACCUGCAUAGUUGGUGGUCAAUUCAAAUACAGAAGCCAAACAAUCAGAAAAGAUUUAAUCAUAAUUGAUUCCUGAUGCAUUGAAGUAUAUAGGUUUCUGCAGAUUCUGAUGAUAUGAAAAAGAUCAAAAAUCAGUUCCCACCAUUCGUUAAAUUCAAAAUGGUCCUUUAAUAAUGUUAUGGACAGGUCAAAGUAGGCAGAUUUGAUGUUCCAUGAUCAUGAGACUGUAAGACACGAUGCCUUCAUCACCUGCGUCCCUCAUCAUCAUUACUUUAUGUAUAUGACAUUUCGGGUUAAAAUAUUCCUCUACCUGAAACCCUACUCUCUCUGUUUCCACCUUUUUUCCAUCUUUCUCCUUCUCCCUUCACGAUCGAGGCACAGCUUCGUUCCCCCUUUCUUUUCUCACUGCCAACCUAAAGCCUCCACUAUGCAUAGCUGCUCUGCCAUGACUCCAUUCACUCCGGCCUGUUCUCUCUCUAAUCUGUGGUUGACAGUAUCAAGCUCUCUGUUGCAGACUUGCUGCUGCUGCCGACGGCAUCAAGCUUUAUGUGGUUGACAGUAUCAAGUAGAUGCCAAACUCAUGUUUUUUCUCUUCCUCCUUACUCCAUCCAUGAUCAAUCUGUCAUGUGAAAUUUUAUUUUACCAAAAUUUGUGGUUCUGACUAAGUGUAACCCUUUUUCCCCAUCAAUAUUUGAUAGUGAUUAGGAAGGAUGGACGGUGGAUUGGAGUAGAAAAAAAAUACUAAAGGUCAAUUAUGGGAACCUCAUGUAUGGACUGAUGAAGGAGUAUAUCCAACAUAACUGAAAGGUCCUGUCUGAGUGAGUUAUCUAUGCAUGAACACUAUAGCUUUAAGUCUUUGGCAGAUAUAUCAUGAAAUGCAUUUCCAGGAAACAAAAAUGUGGUGAUUCCUCCUACUUUAGCAAACUUUAGGGGUAGUUUAUGUUAGAAUCGUUAAUCUAUCUUUCAGGAUUUCGAGUGUACUACACUGUAUAACAAUCAAUUUUGUAAGCUUGCAAUUCACAAACUCUUUGUGUACUUUUUAACUGCAUGAUUUUCCUCCUCCAUUACCAUUUCAAUUACUCUGGUGUCAGAAUUAUGGUACAAUCCAAUAAACCUUGAUUCCAAGUACUGGUCGAUUUUAUGGAUCAUUUGCUGCCAUUAGCCUCUGUAAUAUAUGAUUUGAUAUGAUUGUGAUAUGAUUGAAUGUAAAUAGGGAAAUUAGGUAUAUUUGUAGGGAUUUCUGUUUCCUCUAUUUCCUUAAUUAUCUUGUAGGGACCUCCAACCACCGUCGCCCUUUCCUGGCGACCAAAACCUCCAACGGCAUGCUGCCAUCCGCCACCGCAAGUGCUCCCACGCGCUUCUUCUCCGGUGUGUGAAGUUCACGUGCAUCCUCCUUUUUGGCGCAUGACACAUCUCUGACAACACCCACUCACCGGCGAGACCACCCCUGGACUCCUGCAUCUCCAGCAACCCACACGAGUCUCCUGUUUGGCUAUUUUGAUUUUAUUUUAUUUUAAUGGCCUCUUCGGGUCAGUGUUGUUAAAUGGCGGCCAUGGCGGAUUUUUGUGGUGGAUUUUCGAAAAAACGCCACCGAAUAGCGGUGGCGUGGCGGGUUUGGGAUGGCGGUGCCAUGGCGGUCGUGGCGGUUAUGGUGGGGUGGCGGAAAUGGCGGUUUUUUUUUUGCUUUUUGUCCGCGGUAGGAGUUGGGCUGACCCGACCCAACUCUACCCGGUUAUUCAUUCAACUAAAAGACCCUCCCACGCAGCUCUGUGAUUCACAACAGCCUACCAUCUAAGAGAGAACCCAACCGCGAGCCUCCCCUGAACCCAGCCGCGUCCCUCCCGCACCCCGCCGCACCCAGCCACAGCCGUGACACCCGCAGUCCGCACGCGCAUGCAGCUGCGACACCUGCAGUCCACAUGCGCACGCAGCUGUGACGAGCUCCGGCAGCGACGCACCGGCACGAACGGCGGCGACGAGCUCCGGCAGCAACGCACCUGUCACGAACGGCGGCCUGCAGGUUUGAGAAGUUUUCGCGAAGAAGACGAAGCUUUGUCGCGAAGAAGAGUAGGGUUUUUUAAUUUUAUUUUUGCUGUUUGACACCCCUUUUUUCUGUCUGCAGUUUUUUUUCCUUUUUCUAUUUGACACCCCUUUUUACUUUUAACAGUCCCAUUUUUUUUUCCUUAACAUGCUAUUUUUGCUGUUUGACACCCCUUUUUUCUGUCCGCCAUGACAUCCGUCAUUUUCCGCUACGCCAUCCGCCAUAUUUUUAUGGCGGAUUUUUGACUUUCCGCCAUGAACCGCCAUCUGCCAUUAACAACAUUGCUUCGGGUACUUCAAACAGUGUCCCAGCCACGAUGUUUACCAAUGCUCCACUUAUUCCUUGUGCCCCACUUAUUCCUUGUGAGAAAUUAAUCGGAUCUGCCAAUUAUACUACUUGGGCAGCCACUGUCCAGCUUUGGUUUUGCGGUUAAGGACGUGCGACCACUUGACCACUAAGGCUACGGACAUUCCUGAGAAAGAUUGACCCAGUUGGUGACAAAUCGACACCUCUUUGUGCAGUGUCCUUUGGUUCUCUAUUGCUCCCAAUCUUCAACCUUCAUACCAGUCAUUUUACACGUGUUAUUAGUUUUGGAGCAAAGCCAAGAAAGUCUACUCCAACGAUGUUCAUUGUCUCUACAGGGUGAUAACCACUAUGUUGUCCACCAAACUUUAUAAUAUGGAUAUGCAGACCUAUCUUGGUAAGCUCGAUCAUUUGCUUGCUGAUUAUAACAAUUUGAGGCCUUUCACUUCUGAUGCAGAGACCUUUUACCUGCAAUGUAACCAGUACUUCAUGGUUCUAGCUCUUGCUGGCCUCCCACAUGACCUUGAUUCGGUGGGUAACCAGAUUCUAUCAGCCCCUUCUGUUCCUACUUAUGACAUGGUCCUAUGAAUUUUUCCAUGAGCAUCAUCUUCAUCAAGAGAUAAAAAAUAAAUAACAGAUUGUCCUUCAGGCAUCACCAACAGGGUAGAUGGCAAGCAAGAAUUGGCCAAGUUGCAGGAAACAAGGAUCUACACUUUGAUAUGCAUCAUUUCAACCAGUGGUCUUCUAACUUGAAGGAGCAGCUGUCUUAGGGGGGUUAUGUCUCUGUUGUUUUUGCUUUUGUGUCUAUCUUUAUGUUGGGUUAGGCAACUUGCCUUGUAUAUUUGUAUCCUAUUUCCAGUACACCUAGUACUGAGUUAUAUAUAAUAAUAUCUGAUUUUUGCUGUGCAAAAAAAAAAGAAAAAAAAAAGGAUCUAUACUUUGGAACAUAUGGCAAGUUUUUAGCUUCUACCUUGCUAUCUUGCUGUUCAUAGCAAGAAUGUGCUAAGGGAUAAAUAUAAUAAUGUAAGAGAAUGUGCCCUUGGUGUGGACUGCAAACUGAGACUACAACACAUACUCUUCUGAUGUGUGAUGAGGUUCGCAGACUAUGGUUUGCAUCACAAUCAAUGUAAGAUUAGAUGUUAAUGAUGGCAUAACUAUUGCUGAUCUGAUUAAAUUAUGUCUAGAUACAGUCGAUGAGGGAGCUUUAGAAUGGAUUUUUGUUCUUGCUUGGUCUUUCUGGAAUUUAGGAACCAUAUGGUGUUCAAGCAAAAGAAAAUGAUAGUUGAGCAGAUUAUGCAGCAGGCACAUUGCCUCAUCUUACUGCCUGUUGAAGACAAUCAAAGUGUUACAAGGAGGAA